AUGCCCUCGCGCGACUCUAUCAUCUCCAGCCUCCCCCUAGCGUGGGACCCACGAUUACACGCCUAUCUCCCCAAGCCCGCCCUAGCCCUCCUACGCAAGCAACAAGCCAAAUUCACCCGCGACUGGACCGCCAUCCAGCAAACCCCCUUCGCCUCAACCGACACCCCCAACCCCACCAUCACCCGCCAAGACUACCUCUACACCUGGCUCCUCGUCAACACCCGUACCUUCUACCACGAAACGCCACUCACUCGCCGCGCCCCCCGCGAAGACCGGAUGGUGCUCCAGCCCGUGGCCGAUCUCUUCAACCACAGCGGCACGGGCUGCGCGGUUCACCUCCACACCCACCCAAUUCACCAUCACGGCGGACCGCGCCUAUGCCACAGGCGACGAGGUGGCCAUCUGCUACGGGAAACACCACAACGACUUUUUGUUGGGCAACAACAACGGGGUGGUGGGAAUUGCUGGGAUGAGGUGUGUCUGGAUGAGGCGGUGUUGCCGGCGUUGGGCGCUGGACAUCGCGCGUUGUUGGAGGAGCGCGGGUUUCUGGGGAAUUAUGUGUUGGAUGCCGGCACAGUGUGUUAUCGCACGCAGGUGGCGUUGAGGGUGUUGUGCGUGACGCCUGGGCAGUGGGAGCGGUUGGUGAGUGAGGGGGAGGAUGGUGGGGAGGGGUUGCAGGAGGAGGUCGAUCGGUUGUUGUUGGGGUUGUUGAGAAAGUGGAGGGGAGUGGUGGCUGGGAAGAUCGAGGAGGUCGAGGGGCUGGAUGUUGGGCAGGCUUGUCAGCGGCAGAUACUUUGUGCGAGGUGGCGGCAGAUUGCGAGCUUGGUAGACCAGACAAUUGAAGCGUCUUGA